CAGUAGAGCCGCUAUGGCUGCACAGAGAGGAGGCUGCAGCGGGGCUGUCUGACUGAGACUCUCUCCUCCCUGUCUGUCUCUCUCCCUACAGCACCCUAUAGAGACUGCCCGCACUGGGGAGGGACCCAAAGCAGCCGCACAGGAGACCCCCAGCUAUACAGGCACAGGGAUCCAGUGUCGGACAUUCUCCCCACGGAACCUUAAAGCCAAAGGGUCGUCUGCGAGAGAUCAAAUGCUGCCCUGUUCCUGAUCCGCUCACGGGACCCCUUCUUACCCCCCUGUGGGGGCGGGGGUGAUCCGGACUGUAUCACCUGCUGGAAAGCCAUCCUUGCAAACCCAACCCACCUGGGAUCUUCCUCUGCCAGUUGGAUUAAGUGCUAGCCUGACCGUGGCCUUUGGGGGGUGAGCCCCCCCAGAGCAUUUAUAAAUGGAAAUGCAUAGGGUGUAAGCCAUUUUGGCUUUGUGGACAUCUUGGCAAUGACUAGUAACGAUAACACUGGCCCUCCUUCUGGGCCUGGACAUAUGAAUGGAUACCACGUACCCCACUAUGCAUUCUUCUUCCCCCACAUGUUGGGGGGUAUGUCCCCCACGGGGGGGCUCCCAGGAGUACAACACCAGCUCCCUAUCAGUGGCUACAGCACCCCCUCCCCUGCAAGUAAGUCCAUUGAGACUCAGAGCACCAGUUCGGAGGAGAUUGUGCCUAGCCCCCCAUCCCCGCCGCCCCUCCCCAGAAUCUACAAACCCUGCUUUGUGUGUCAGGACAAGAGUUCUGGGUAUCACUAUGGAGUCAGCGCUUGUGAAGGCUGUAAGGGCUUUUUCCGUCGCAGUAUCCAGAAGAAUAUGGUGUAUACAUGCCAUCGAGACAAGAACUGCAUCAUAAACAAGGUGACGCGGAACCGCUGCCAGUACUGCCGGUUGCAGAAAUGUUUUGAGGUCGGCAUGUCUAAAGAAUCUGUACGGAAUGACCGCAACAAGAAGAAAAAGGAGCCCCCAAAGGCCGACGUGAUGGAGAGUUACGUACUGAGCCCAGAGACAGAAGAUCUCAUUGAGAAAGUGCGCAAAGCCCAUCAGGAGACGUUCCCUGCACUGUGCCAGCUGGGCAAAUACACUACAAAUUUCAGCUCUGAAGAGCGGGUCUCUCUGGACAUCGACCUCUGGGACAAGUUUAGCGAGCUCUCCACUAAAUGCAUCAUCAAGACGGUGGAAUUUGCCAAACAGUUGCCGGGAUUCACCACUCUGACCAUCGCCGACCAGAUCACCCUCCUCAAAUCCGCCUGCUUGGAUAUUCUUAUCCUGCGAAUUUGCACACGUUACACCCCUGAUCAGGACACCAUGACGUUCUCAGAUGGACUAACCCUAAACCGCACGCAGAUGCACAACGCAGGGUUCGGACCCCUCACCGACCUGGUCUUCGCCUUCGCUAACCAGCUGCUACCACUUGAAAUGGAUGACGCCGAGACUGGUCUUCUGAGCGCCAUCUGCCUCAUCUGUGGAGACCGGCAGGACCUGGAGCAGCCAGAUAAAGUGGACAAGCUGCAGGAGCCCCUUUUGGAAGCAUUGAAGAUCUAUGUCAGGAACAGGCGACCCAAAAAGCCACACAUGUUCCCUAAAAUGCUGAUGAAGAUCACAGACCUGCGGAGCAUCAGUGCCAAGGGUGCGGAGCGCGUCAUCACUCUGAAGAUGGAAAUCCCAGGUUCCAUGCCUCCCCUCAUCCAGGAGAUGUUGGAGAACUCAGAAGGGUUGGACACAUUGGGGGGGGGAGGAGGGGCAUCCGGAGGGGCACCGCCCACACCAGUACCACCAAGGAGCUGCAGUCCCAGCCUGUCACCCAGUUCCACUCACAGCAGCCCCUCUACACACUCCCCCUGACCCCCAACUCCUGGAACACUGAGGGGGGCAGAAAGGCACAGAGACUGACCAGCCCAUGGCACAGCCUUCUCACAUCCUUGCCCCUCCCCCUUUUCUACUUCCUCUUCCUGUUACUUGACAGCCACUCAUCACUGUGCUCUCUAGAGAAGAAAGGAUGGAAGGCUGCCUGGCUGGGUGAGGAGGAGCAGGGGGACCGCAGCAGCUGGAGACUUGGACUUAGUCCCCCCUUCACCAAAAACUUUGGUUCAUUUGAGCCACGGGCCCCUCGGAACCCCCUCUCUCUCUCUGUCCCGCCUCCAAUGGAUUGAGAAUGGACUGAUAAACUGUACUGAGACAGAAUCUCACACUGUGUUUGGAGCCAGAGAGAACAUGGCUAAAAUUAAUGAGGGGACAGGGUCUCGUCCACCUCAACGGGGGGGGGGGGGGGGGGGGAUACGCUGGCAUGUUAACCCCUUUCACUGCACCCCAAAAGCACUCUGUAUGUAAAUUGGGUUUAGAAAUGUAAACAGUAUUUUAAAAACAAUAUGAAGUUUAAAAAAAAAAAAUAGGGCAGCUUGAUUUUUUUUUUAAAAAGGAAAACAUUAGAUGUUUUAGAAUCUAUAUGAAUUGUUAUAAAUUGUAUUUUUGCUAUUUCUCUUUGAUUUCAGUUCACACUAGAACCCUUGGAAACUCUUGCUGUUGUGCUCACUGUUGCAGUGAUGCAGCCCUGUCCAACAGCAUGGCCCCGGGGGGGGGGGGGGGGUUGUUUAACCUGCCUCUGGGUUGGGCAGCAUUUGGUACAGAGCAUGGAGCAGAACUACAGCUCACCGACGGAAUUAAGGGGAGGUUUAGUUCUGCAACAUUUGAUGUGCCCCAUGUUUCCUAUCCCUGUAUAUGUGAAGCUGGCCAUACAAAGUGGCUCAUAUCUCGGGGUGCAAGGUUACCAGUUGGGGCCCUCUAUAUGCCAGUGUAUGGGGCACUGACAGAUGAGGAUAGAAUGACGGCCAUACUGUGUAUGGCUACUCAUACAGGAUCCAUCUGUUGAAACUGUGGGCUGAUUGGUCAGAUACUGGACAGUAUUGUGAAUGGCCACCCCUGGGGCUUGGUGUUGGACUGCCCACCCUAAAAUAAAAUUGUUUAAGGGCUCCCCAAAAUGUUUCUGCUGUUUAAAGUACAUAAACAGGCAGCAGAGUGCUUUCUGCUUGGGUGUCGGAUGGAAGUGAAGAGGGUAAAGGUCCAGUCCCACUGCUGAAAGUCCUGCAACAGUCACGUCAUUGGUCCCCCCCAGCUGUUCUGCCCUACAUUUCCCAGCAUGCCCCUAAUAGCAGAAGGCUGCUGGGAGUUGUAGUUCACAACAGCUGCCGGAGCAAUGACUGUGACUCCCCAAGGGACUGCCUUUGGAAGCACAUAACAAAUGUACCCCACAGUUCCCAGCACCCCCCCAUGUCUCUAACCACUAUAUAGCUGUGACCCCCCCACUCUCCCUGCAUAAUAGGACUUCUUGUUUUCACGCCUCUACACACCAGCAAAAAUGUUUUUCAGUUUGAGGUUUUUUUAUGGUUAAAUAAUUAAAAAAAAAAGACCAAAAAAAAAAAACAAAUGACGUGACAACUUUUUUUUUUUUUUUUAUGUGGAUAAAAAAAUUGUUUUUGUUUUACUUUGAAGGUUUUUUCCUCAAGUUUUCUGUCUUACCUUCUGCACAAAGGUUUUAUCUUUAUAUUAAAACAAACUCAUUUCUGUUUGA